GCCCCUUGGAGAAGUCGCUGCCGCCGCCGCUGUCGCCCCCGCCCGAAUAAGAGUCGCAAACGCCGCGAGGCCGCAGUCACCGCCAUGCCCAAGAAUAAAGGUAAAGGAGGUAAAAACAGACGUAGGGGUAAGAAUGAAAAUGAAUCCGAGAAAAGAGAACUGGUGUUCAAAGAAGAUGGGCAAGAAUAUGCUCAAGUAAUCAAAAUGUUGGGAAAUGGACGCUUGGAAGCAAUGUGUUUUGAUGGUGUAAAGAGGUUGUGUCACAUCAGAGGGAAAUUGAGAAAAAAGGUUUGGAUAAAUACCUCGGACAUAAUAUUGGUUGGCCUACGAGACUACCAGGACAAUAAAGCUGAUGUAAUUUUAAAAUACAAUGCAGAUGAAGCAAGAAGUCUGAAGGCAUAUGGCGAGCUUCCAGAGCAUGCUAAAAUCAAUGAAACUGAUACUUUUGGUCCUGGAGAUGAUGAUGAAAUCCAGUUUGAUGACAUUGGAGAUGAUGAUGAAGACAUUGAUGAUAUCUAAAUUGACCUCAACAUUUUGCAUUCCAACUUCUCUGAGGAUUGUUCAUUAAUUUGGAUUUUGGCUGUGGCCUGUAAAAGAAGAUUAAAAUUUUCAUUUAUUUGAGUGCAGAUUGUUAAAGCAGACUGAUUUGUUUCUAAGGUAUUUCUUUAAAAACUGGUAGUGCCGAAUGAAGUAAAAUGUUAAGCCCACUUUGUUCUUUUGGUGUAAUGGAGCUUAUGGGUAAAAGAGCGCAUCUACUAUUUUUAAAGGGGGAGGGAAAAACCUUUCCUACUUUGACCACUUCCAGUAAAUCAGUGGGUGUUUUGAAUAAACCAUUUGCCCUAUACUCGUGGAUUAUGAUUAAACCCUAGUUUUGACUAGCCCGUUGACUGUACAGUGACUUUCUAUAUAUUCCAGUUACCUAGAUGUAUACUUGAUGUUUUGAUAAAAUUUAAGGGAGGUGGAAGUCUGCAUUUGAAGUAAGAAAUGAUUCGGUCUGUUUUUCAUAUGUUUAAGUAGCAUGUGGCUAUUUUUAUACUAAUUUUGAUAUUGUGUGCAUUCUUUUUAUGACCUUGUUUUGCCACUAUAAACAUCAACAAAACAGCAUUUCCAACAUGCAGAUAUUAGACCUGGGUUUUAAUAGCAAUUUUGAAUUUGUGAGGUUAGUAGUUGCAGAAAUUGAACACUAGGUGGCAUCCAAUUAUCUUAACAUUGGAAAUACUGAUUUAGUUGUAAACCUUUUUUACACUUAACUGUGCAUACGAAAUUUCCCAACCAAGAAGAUUGUAUUGGUCAUAUGCAUGUAUGUUGAAUAAUUUUUACAGAACAAAGAUAUUAUGUCAUUUUAUUUCAGAAGUCAUAUACAUGUAAGCUACAAUUUUGAAUGCUUUAUAAACACAUGACUUAAUGUAUAAAUGAAAAUUUAAUUUCCUAGCAACUUGUACAAAUUAUGCCCUUUUCAAACUAUCCCUAAGCUGGGGUAAGAGGAGGGAAUAACAACUUAAUGAAAAGAUAGUCUCCAAUUUCUGAAUGGAAGAGCUACAGUGGAGAAAUAUAAUAGAGACAAUGUCAUGCUGCACAGUAUAUUAUACCCUUGAUGUUUAGGGUGUAUUUUAUGUGUACAGGGUUUUUUUGUUGUUGUUGUUUUGCUUGUAUGUUAUUUGGAAUUUAGAUUUGCCCUUCCUUAUUUAGUUUUUCAUUAUGAACUCAAGUAAAAUGAAAUUAAAGGCUGGACUAGUUAGACCUCACUGAUCACAUUGAAAUUGUGUACAACUUUAAAAGAAGAGAUCCACCAUAUAGCAUGUGAAGCUUUUAUUCUGCUGGUCUCCAGAGAACUUUGCUGUGAUGAAAAGUAAUAUAAAGGGGAAUAGACCUUCACAUGGUUUGCAACAAAAACAAAUCUCUCACCCCACGCUUAGUAUAAUAUUCAAAGUGUGCAAACUCUGGAAUCAAAAUCUGAGGUUCUAUAAAACAUUGUUAAAUCAAGAAUAGAAGUUAAGUGUGGGCAGCCGCAGUUCAUGUUUUUUACUUGGUGUUCCUGAACACUUGUGAGCCCAUGGGCUAGUUUUUGAUAUUUAAAAGAAACCAUCCUCUAGAAAUUGUCACUAGUGAUUGUCUUCCUGAGUAAUUUAAACCUCCUAAGAUAUUUAGGCAUUUGUACAUAAAGGAGUUUUGCUAAAUUUGCAGUACAUAUAGAUCCACGUUAAUUACCAAGAAUGUUUUAACUCUGUGUAUGAUACAGUUAAUAGUAGGGAUGGUAUUUCUGAAACAUUCAUUUUUCUAUUUAUCUCCUCCAAUAAGUAUGGCUUAUCUAAAGAUUCUUCAAAAAAUUACAAUAAUGGCUCAAUCCAUGUGUUUUCUAGUUUUGUUUUUUUUUCCUUCUUGCCUUGGUAGUAACAGUUCAAUGUAGUGCUGUUGCAUCCUUGAAAAUCUGAAAUCAUAAUACCUUUAAGUAAAAUAGUUGGGCUCAAGUUGUAGCUCAUAUCAACACUAUUUGGAAUUAUUUUAGUAACUUGUCUUUAAUGUGGAAAUAUAUAAUUUCAUCAGUUUUAUUAUUUCAAAUGAGGAAUGGAAGUGGUCCUAAGAAAAGUUUUUUUUGUUUGUUUUGGGGGUGUUUAGGGGAUUUUUUUUGGUUUGUUUUUGUUAUACUCUGAUUCCUAAAAUGCAGUGCUAUAAAGUGUGCUCUGAAAGAAAAUAAAAUAUUUGAAAUCCAAGGAUAAUAGUUGACUGCUAAGAGGUGUAAUAGUUAUUACUAACAAAUUUGAUAGGCUUGCAUUUUUCAUGUAGUGUUUAUUCCAUUUCCAGUUAAAGUAUAAAUAUGUUGUAUUACUGAAGUGGCUAAAUAACCAAACCAAGUGUUUGUGUGAAAAAAGAUUUGCCAAGAUGUAUUUGACUGUUGAAUCUUUCUUGAAAUCAGCCUCUUAAAGAGGCCCCCCCCCCCCCAAGGAGCCUGUAAACUAUGCAUGAUGAAAAUUCUUGUAUUUUAUUAAGGAAUGGCCAUUGGUUUACUCACCACAUCUACGGUAUCGUGGUUAUAAAUAUAGUUGCUUACAAAAAACUCUUUGUGACUUGUGGUUUAACUUAGUCUCACAUCAUAUGUAAAUAUUAAAUUAUAGGAUGUUGAAUAACAUCUUAGAUACAAAUUACUAUCAGUAUUGACUAAAGAGCAAUCGACUGAUCAAUUAGGUAAAAGCAUGUUUCAAAUAAAAUACCUAGCUGCAUUUAUACUUUAUUUAUAUUAUGUACAGAUUUAACAACAUUCAGCAUUAACUGUGGCUUGACUUUUCAAGCAUCAGAAUGAAAGUGAGGUUCUCUAUGUUGCCUGAUUGUCGUAAAGAUAAAAAAAAAUGAUUUGUAUUGAUAUAAGAUGUUUAGAUCUUUAUCCUGCUUCACAAGGGGAAGUUUCAUUUAUGCUGUUUGGACUCCUGUGAACUUUCACACACCACUUUGUGUUUUUGAUUUACCUUAAACUACCAUCGUUUUUAUCCUUUUUUCUUCCUAUUCAAAAAAGUACACAGUCUGAAUUCAGUCUUUCUACAAGUGUGAUCAAAGACACGAACCUCUCAGGUAUAAAGAACCAAGGAAUUGGGAGAGUAUAUUGGACUGUGUCCUCUCUUCCCCCAGGCUGCCAGGUACUUAGGAGACAAGGUGAUGGAGAGUGAAGAACAUGGGCUCUGGGGUCAGGUGGCCUGUGUCCCAACCCCAACUCUUCCCUUUAUUUGCAGAUGACCACAGGUACCUUCAGCUAUUCUGAGCUUCAGGUUCCUCACCUGUAAGAUGGGAAUGAUGAGAACAGUACCUGCAGAAUUGUUGGGGAUUAACAUUUAAUGUGUUCAUAUAUAGAGCAAUGUCUACCGCUUUUCCCUCAAUAGCCAGAAUUGUGUAAAAUAGAAUAUGCACAUAUUUUAUAUUGAUUUUAUAUUCUCUAUUUACCAUUUCUUUUACUUGUAGUCUUGGGUUCUUAUAAUAAAAGAAACGUGAAGGUAGAAUAUAUAUUUGUAUAUACAUGUCGACACUUUAAAAUAAUUGCUUUUUGUCAUUUACUUCAGUGUAAGACUAACAGAUGGAAGCUUCUAAAUUGCUUGAAGAUGUUUUGCAAAAUACCAACUGUUCUUUAUUUCUUUAGAGAAAGUUUAUAGUUAUUAAUAGUGAUGGCUCUGAUCAUAUUUCAUUUUUAGGUCU